AGCCACCGGUGGUUAAUAAGUAAACUGCAGCUGAGGGGAUGAAGAUGCCCAAAGGAACAUUGGCCCCUGAUAAGUUAGCUGGACUGCUGCAAAUUCACUGGACACACAAGUGGACAGUUUCAGAGACUUGCAAAUACCUCCGGUGGUUCUUGAAACAUUCUGACAAAGUGGACAUUAGAGUUCUUUGGGGUUAAAUCACCAUCAAGUUUCUUUCGCUUUUUUGUUUGUUUUGGGUUUUGUUUUUUUUUCUUUUUGUUUUUUCAGUUUAACCUACAUUUUCCCAGACCGGCUUUUGAUCAAUCUGGAACCAAACUUGGGUAAUGUUUUGAUCAGCUGUUGGGUCGGGAUAUAAUCCAAGCAGGCUACAGAUCAUCUUUGAAGGUACAAUCUGCUGAGUGAAAAUGGACAGUGGGUUUGCUGUUGCUGGGAAUCAGCUUCUCCAUGUGGACGUACAUAUUGAUAAGAGUGAACCUCAUAGAGGAAUCCUGGAGCUUCUGAGCAGACUUCGUCCUCACUGGAAGACACAGGACAUUCAGAUGAAGACAUUCACAGAGGGCAUUACCAACCAGUUGAUUGGAUGCUACGUGGGCUCUCUCCAGGAUCCUGGCUGUGUUCUUGUGCGGCUCUACGGGAGAAUGACGGAGCUAUACGUGAACCGUGACCGGGAGGUGGAGAUGUUCCAGGUCUUCCACGCCCACGGCUGUGGUCCCGAGAUCUACUGCAGCUUCCAGAAUGGCAUCUGUUAUGAGUUUGUUCGAGGAGCAGUGCUGGAUGAUGAGCUUCUCCAUCAGCCAUCCAUCUACAGAUUGAUCGCGGCGGAGAUGGGGAGAAUCCACUCGAUCCAGCCAAAAUGUGGUCUGCCUGUUGAACCGCUACUCUGGACGAAAAUGUCCCACUUUCUCACACUGGUGCAGAGCAGCUUCAACAGCAGCCCAGCUGAGCAGCCCUGCACAACAAGUUCUGCGGCUGUACGAGAGGUGCCCAGCUUUGACACGCUGUCAGUGGAAAUGGAGUCACUGAAGAGACACCUCUCGCAGAUUGACUCGCCGACUGUCCUCUGCCACAACGACCUCCACAAAAACAUCAUCUACGACCACAAAGAGGGAAUGGUGAAAUUCAUUGACUACGAGUACGCUGAUUACAACUACCAGGCUUUCGAUAUCGGCAAUCACUUCAAUGAAUUUUGCUGCGGAGCAGCUGUGUCACAGCAAAGUUCGCAGGGCAUCCACUUCUUCUGGGGUCUCUCCAUCCUGCAAUCACGCUACUCCUCCAUUGACUUUGACUUCCAAAGGUUUGUGUUCCCGACGAAGCCAUCUUAA